UGUUUGGUGCGUAAAAAAUAACAUCAUUUAUAUAAAAACUUUUAUAUAAUGAAGUUCAUAAUUGCGAUUUGUCUACAUUCUGUAAUUUUUAAUAAUGUCUGUAGCAUGCCUAUGUUACAGAACGGAAACAGCAUAAGCCCAUACCUGUCAAGUAAGCCUGGAAUAACUAAUGUGCCAACAAUGAAUACAUUUGCAAACGUGCCAAGCACGUUUGGCAAUAUGAACUAUGGACCCAACACUGUUGUUGCAAAUGAACCGGUAUUUAAUAUGAAUUACGUCCCGAACAAUUUCGGGACAGGUAAUGCUAUUUUAGCCAACGAAGCAAUAACGAACACAAACAUGCUUGCCAAUGCUAACUCCGCUUUAGCAAAUGAAAUGAUUGGCAAUGCUGUAAUAACGAGCGCAAACUUUGUUCCCUUGGCAAAUUUGCCAAGUGGAUUCUCAAGCAAUUUCCCAAUGAGCCCUAUAAUAUCAGAAAUUGUGCCAUCUUUGCAAUAUGGUGACAUAACUAUGGGCGGUGAUUUACCAAUUGGUGGUACAAUUAAAGUUUGCGGUUGCUUCCCCGUUUAUGGCAUGGUCACGGUUGAUGGUAGCGUGCCAUCCGCUGGCACGGCGUUUGUGGCUGAAUCGUUUGGCAAACAAAUGAUGCCAGGUCCUGGUAUGGCAAUUAUAUAAUAAUAUAAUAUAUUA